AUGGUCAAACAAAACACUUCACAAAAGACGGCGUCAUCGGGAUCAUCCAUGAUGGAUAAAAUUAAAAAAGUAGAAAAACAAAACAAGAUGACGAAAGCAAAUAAUCCUCCGAUUGCUUCUUCUCUUGCACAUGGAAAUAAUGUCAGUGUAAAGAAAAAGAAGCCAUCAGAAACAUCAUCUACUCCGAUCAAGUCCUCUUCAUCAUUGAAAAAUAAUGACAAUUCGAAAGCAUCAAAAUCAAUAACAAAACCAGCAAUACAUGGUGAUGAAAUUUCCAAUAUUUUAAAUAGAAAAAAGAAAUAUCCAAAAGAAGAAGAACAAGAAGAAUCGGAGGAAGAGGAAUCAUUAGAACCUGCAAAAAUUGAUGACAUUUUUGAAUCUGUGAAGAAUGAAAUUUUGGAAAACAAGAAGAAAUUAAAACAAGCUAAAAAGGCAUCUGCUGCUUCGUCGUCAUCCUCUACAUCUGACGAUUUAUUUGAGAGCAAUGAAGAAUUUGCAAAUCAAAAGAAACGAUCUGGAAGAAAAACCAUUGAUGGAUUGGCAGUUUAUUCAACUGAUGAAUUGAAAAUUGGAAAAGGAGGAAAUACAGACUUGUGCCCAUUUGAUUGUGAUUGUUGCUUCUAA